GCUGCGCAGCGACUGACCCAGCUGCCACGCGCGGCGGCGGUGGUACGCAGGAAAAGAAUAGGCAGGUCGACGAAUCAACUUGGCUGUUGGAGCCCGAACGAGAGCCAGAAGGCUGUGCAUCAAACAGGGAUACUGCUAAUGGAAGUGAGUUAGAAACAAGCAAGACAGGUGCUCCUGUGCGGUUUUAUCUAAACGAGGACAUACGUGAGGC